GGCGCCACGCUGCUGGCGGCGGCCUGUCGCUCGGAAAGGCGCUCGAUUGAGCCCAUGAGUGCCGUGUUGUACAUCGCCGGGACGUCGGGCGUGGACGCUCGCGAAGACAUGUUCGGAGACGCGCGUGAGUCCGCGCCGUUGAGAGUGACGGAGCGGGAGGAUGCGGCGGAACUGACAGACAUAGGUGUAGGCGACCGGGGAGACAUAGCCGCCGGCGAAGGCACCUGGGGGCUGCGCUGUCGUUCCGCGAGUGGGCUCCUCGCAGACGACGGCGGUCGAGCGACUACAGGCGGGUCCGCAGCAAGCGUGGGACUCAUAGUCCUCGAGGAUUGCGGAGGCGAAACCGGAGAGGUGGGUAAAGACGAGUCGAAGAGCACAUGCGUCGGAGAUAUUGGGCUGAAGGGAAUGAACACGUUGGAC